GCGUCCACCCGGAAGGAUUUAUAGGUAACAUCACCAAGAGUAAACAUGCAAAACAUUUAAUUUUUUAUUUUUUUAAUCUUAAACCUUUGUAACUAGUGUGUUAAUAUUUCCUGAAUAUAACAUGGCAUCCUCAUCAGAGCCUGACAAGCUGUCAGUAUCAGAUGUGGCAGAGAAGAGAACUCGUCUGUGUGACGAGUUUGCAGAUGUCGCGGGGACUGAUAUCGCAGUGGCUCAGUGUUACCUGGCUGAAAAUGAUUGGGACAUGGAGAGAGCGCUCAACUCUUUCUUUGAGGCAGACAUGGAGAGGGUGUUUGAAGUUGAAGACGUUUCGCAGGAGGACAAGAGUCCUCAGACCAAGAAGAAAAAAGAGGAUAAGAAGCCUACAACAGACUGCAUUGAUUUGACAGAGGACAGUCCAUCGUCUUCAUGCACAACUGCUGUGGAAGAUGACAAUAAACUCUCAGUGAUUUCCUGGAACGUGGAUGGACUUGACACUGUGAACCUCGCAGAGCGUGCCAGAGGCUUGUGCUCCUACCUAGUCUUAUACACUCCAGAUGUUGUUCUCCUGCAGGAGCUCAUUACACCCUAUGUCGAGUAUUUAAAGAAACGGGCCGUCAGCUACCACAUAAUUGAAGGUGGUGAGGAGGGUUACUUCACUGGGAUGAUGCUGAAGAGGUCAAGGGUCAAGCUGGUGGACAGUGAGAUUGUUACUUACCCUACAACACGAAUGAUGAGAAAUCUGCUUGUAGCUCAGGUGACUUUUAAAGGCCAGAAGUUGUGUCUUAUGACAUCACACCUGGAGAGCUGUAAAGGCCACGCAGAGGAACGGAUGAAGCAGCUGCAUGUGGUGAUGGACAGGAUGAAGGAGGCGCCUGAUGACCUCACUGUCCUGUUUGGAGGAGACACAAACCUAAGGGAUGCUGAGGUGGCGAAGGUGGGUCUGCCCUCCGGUGUCUGUGACAUUUGGGAACGACUGGGCAAACAGGAGCACUGCCGUUACACGUGGGACACCAAGGCCAACAGCAACAAGGCGGUUCACUAUGUCAGUCGCUGCCGCUUCGACCGGGUUUAUUUACGCCCGGCCACAAAGGAUGGUGUCCCUCACUUGGCCCCUGACCACAUGGCCCUGGUGGGUCUGGACAAGCUGGACUGUGGACGCUACACCAGCGAUCACUGGGGAAUUUAUUGUAGCUUCUCUGCAUGAUGAACCUUAAACAGGCAUGUAAUAUUCACAAUUAAAGCGCUGUUUUAAAAUGUUUUUUAGACAGUUUGAGACAGAAAGACAGAAACUUCAGAUUUUCUCUUCUAUCUUACCCACUGAUGACAAGCUGUAGCAGAAUUAAAUGGAUUUUACUGGAUGUAAGUAAAUAAAUGAAUGAUGUGAUGAUUAAUA